CUCCAAUUUAUGCGCUGCACAUCCUCGGCUUUAACAAUUUAUUAGCCCAUAUGGAUACUAUGUGUUAAUUUUCAUUAUUUGGAAUUGAUUAAUUGUAGUUGUUGUUUCCAGGUAUUGGUAAGGAAGCUGCCCAGUGGAUGGUUGACAGUGGUAAAAUCAAAGGUGUUGGUAUGGAUGUUCGUUCUAUUGACCAAGGCCAAAGCAAAGACUACUUUGCACAUCGAAUAUUAUCGAGUAACAAGCUGUUUAGUCUGGAAAACGUCGCAAAUAUCGAAAAGCUUCCAAGCAAAGGUGCGAUCGUCUAUGUGUCACCGAUGAAGAUUAAAGGUGGCAGCGGUGGACCAGCUCGUAUUUUUGCUCAGACAGAUCCUGUGGCUAGAAGUUUGGCUCAUCAAACAGUCAGUAUUGAGCUUCUUAUUUCGAUUGUGUUUGCAGUGUUUCUCAUAUAACAAUGAACAGUAAACAGAUAUACAUGUUCUUUGCACAUUUAGUAAUUUGCAUUGAGGUCAUCAUAUUAAU